UAUGUGUGUUGUGUGUGCUGUAUGUCUAGAGUAAAAUAAAGAUUCUAGAAUAAAUCAAGUACUUGUGUCAUGUUAUUGAUUUUUUCCGUCUCCCGUUAGCUUCUUGAAGUAAAGGCGCAUAAUUAGAAGUUCUAACGCUUAUUGUUAUCUACAAUAGGGUACUAAUUACACUAACCACAUUUCUGACUUCGAAGUUUACAAAGACACCUGCGUAGGUGCAGGGAGAGAAACAACUUCUAUGAAUAAAGAUAGUACACGGAUAGAGAUUUGUCUAUUGUUGUGUGUGCGGUGCGUGCACGUGUGCGCGCGCACGCGUGCGUGUAUCAGGUGGCGGCUGUUGGGUCCAGGAACAACGCUGCGGAGGGCAAAGGCCGGGAAAACGGCGAAGUGUGGUGAGGGUUAAAGGAGGCUGUAAGCAAGAGAUGACGGUCGAAAGGAAGAAACAGGAGAUGUAUAUGUAGUCGUUAUUUUACGCGUGUGCACGUAAAAUAAGUAUACGUGACGUACGAAUGUGUUAGUCUUACCUUACUUCGGGUGCGCGUCAGGGAAGAACAGGAGAACGAUAUUACCCGGGGAAAAGGAAGAUAUGAGAGACGGUGUUAACAUGAUGAAUUUGUAAAAUCGCAGAUGUCAUUCGGGAUUUUUCAGAUUCGCGAAGGCGCCGCAUCCAUUUAAACGUCAGCGCGUGGAAUUGACACGGUCUAUGGGAGCUUUCUCAUCUAUCGUUGACGUUGACACGUACAAUACGUUUUGCGAUUGAGAAAUGGAAGCUAUCGAUUGCCGUAUAUUUACCAAACACAUAUCAUUUUUCAAUAAAUAAAUUUCGCUAAAAUCACGUCUAAUUUUCUUUCUAAAUACAUAAGUAUAAUAGUUCUUACAAUUUCAUUUUUAAAUUAAAGUAUCAAGAAAGUAUAUAAAUGCAUUUUUAGGUUUUUUUAAUUAAAAAUAAUUUUUUAUAUAAUAUAUCUAUUUUUAUUAUAAUAUUUUAGACACUACAGUUUAAAUAGAUUCUAAAAGACGAGUAAAAAAAAAGUUGUUAAAGAAACCGUCAUGUGUGUAGGGAAAAAUUAAUUUUUAAAAAAUUACUACAAUAAUUUGAUAGUCAUUGGUGAAAUAAUAAUAUUAAACAAUGUAUCUUCUGCUCUUUUCUUCUUCUUCGAAAAAAACAUUUCUUUCCGCAACGUAUCUUUUUUAAAGAAGUUUUUCAAAGACAAUAUAUUUAUUUUAAGACUCCUCUGCUAUAUGUACAUUCACAUAUUUUAUUAUAAAUAUUUUAUUAUUAAUAAAGCAACACCAUAAGAUUGAAAAAGAAUUAGUGGCCAGCAAAUUAUUUCAGCUCUAAAAGAUGAAAUUAGAUGCAUCCAUAGUAAACAAUAUAGAUUAUUCAUAUCGCAACUGCACCGUGGAAAUUGGAAAAGACACAUUCGCAAAUUUCAAUUAUCAUGUUGUCCGCAACUAGUAUUCCUAUCCUCUCGAUAUAAUAGCUACGCUACUGGGCUUUCUCGCACACAACUGAAUCAUUCUUAUCCGUACGUAACAUACACCAGGUACAUUUAUACAAUGUAUGCAACAGGAGCAAGUGAGAGGGAGCGACAACCAGAAGGGAAAAGCAGACCGACAGUUGGUGGGAGUCGAGGCAGCGGAUGCAGUAGUGAUGGCGGCUGCGUUGGAUAACCAGCCGGAGCAGGCCAGGUCGGAAGAGUGAGGGAGACGGAGCAAGCGGAUAGGACAGAGAGCCAGAAUCGGAAUGGAAAGAGAGCCAGGUUGCUCGACGGGGUGGCAGAAGUGAGGGGCGAAGCCGAAGAGCGGCUUAGCCUGGCGCUGGUCGUAGCCACGAGUGAAGUGUUGAGAGAGCAACCGAGGUCCCGUUGGCCCUGGUGGUCGGCCCGCACCGGGUGAGGCGUCAUGAAAGCGCGCCAGUCGACCGUGCGCACCUACAGCCGUACGAGAGCACGCUGAACGCUUCGUUUGCUGCUUAUUUCCCGGCCCGUCCUCGCCGCCGCGCCUCCAUCCCGUUUCGGAGCACGACACGUUGACACGCGGCGACCGGCGCAUUGGCGGAUCUCCUAGGACGUUUUACCCAGUCGUUCGUUGGGAUCGCAGGAUGACAGAGGCGGCAGACGGAUGUCCAGCUGGAUCGGCGACCCCGCCGAUGAACAAGAUCGUGUAUUUAAGGAAUGUCCUCUUUCUCGUUGAGGAAUCGUGAUUAGGGCGGGUGAAAGAGCACGGUCAGUGGCCCCGGUCUCUCUUUUAUUGACACCUUUGGGACGGUGAUCUCGGAUAAAGAAGACUCUCUUGUGCUUUUAGUUAGAAAGUGUUGUUUUAUGGUGUUUAUUUUGAUAUUCAGGUUUCGUUCAUUUUUAUGACGCGCGUCUAACUCAUUCCUCACUGGCUUAAUGAGGGUCUAGGGAGCGGCAAAGACAAUGGCUUCGGAGUAAUGCUCAGGUGUGCUCCUUUGUUAACCAAGACGGAGCGUUUGUAUUCCUAACUACUUGGAACUUCUUGAUUUCCCAUGAUUUUCGUCUUGACGGAUGAUUCGAGGAUUGACUUCGUAUCGUUAACUGUGACGUUUCGCGCUGUAGUUCUUCUCACGCGCGAUAGUCUUGCACGUGAACUGCGAGUAAGAGUGACAGAAGGAAGUCUCUUGGAUAAGUGGACACAUGAAACCGCAGAACGAUUUAAUCUACAGAUAGUCUAGCCACAACUCAUAUUCCGCUCGAAGUUUCCGUGUCGUAAAGCCGACUUGUAUUUUAUCAACGACAUCGGAUGAAGCGGAGGCAAGAUAGAAGACAUCUGUUAGACAUUUACAUGGACGUGAUGUAUUAAAAAGAUUUAUGUUAUUGAAAUUUAAAAAAUUUUGUAAGCCAACAAUUUCAUAGUCGAACGAAUUAAAUAUCAUCGCAAUAAAACGGAAACAAGGUUUCAUUUAAACGAUAAAUGGAAGGAAAAAAAAUCGAUCAUUCUCCGGACAAAAUUAUUGUUUCCGAUCACCGAACAAUCUCUCAGCUAUUUUCAAUGUUUUGUGAAGCUUGCUUCGUUACCUCAUUGUUGUCACGUUGACCGCGCCGAAGGGUGCCACCCCUAGUUCGUUAUUCCGCUCCACACUUUGGAGCACUCAAAACGCGGAGUAACGAAGGGAGGGAACUAAUCCAGAAAUGAUAUCGUAUUUUUUGUUCAAUAGACAGAUGCGAUGAGAAUAACAUAUUUAAGAGAGAGCAUUAUAAAAUAGUAGUAAAAAUAGAGCACACGAUAUGAUCCUUUCUUUGGUAGAAAGCGAAGUAAUUUUAUAAUCCUCUUCGGUUCAUUGCUACGUUAAUGUUAUGUGAUUUCUUUACGUCAUAUACUUCAAGAAUAACGUCGAGGAAAACAAAGGUGCCUGAUGAGCGAAAGAACCGGUAUUCUAUUUAAGAGCAACAUGAAGAAAGGCAGAACAAAAAGACACGAUACGCGCGAGAGAUAAAGUAGAGGCACGCCUAUUAUACUUUCUUUGUUAGCAUAGUCAUUUAUGUACCGGUCGUUGACAUACAUUUUCAACGUCAAACAGACGUCAAAAUGUGUAAAAGGCGAUCACAAUAAAAAUAUAGAUAAAAAUUAUUAGCUGUAUCAAUUAAACUUUUACUAAAGCAAUUUUACAUAAAAGAAACAAAUGCAAAAUUGAUGUAAGGAGGCAUUCCAUCUUUAGAUAUAUUUAAACAAGGAGCGAAACUGAAUGUGCGAAAGACAUUCAGAAGAGUCAAAAUAUUUCAAUCCGACAUGAAAAUCGUGAGAUUCGUCGAAGCGGAAUUUAGUGGGGAAACGACAAGCGCUAAAACAGAGGGAAAUGAUUCAUUAAAUCGUUCUUAUUCUGGGAAAAUUUACAUAACUCUGGCGUGCACCUGACGUAGCGGAUGCGCUAGGCUCGAGUGGGGAGAAACACAGGAGCAGCUAAGAGCAGCGGCGCGCGAGAUUCGCGCAUUAACCGGAGUCAUCGUUUCCUGGUGUUUUGGGUCCGCGAUAACGUAUAGCUUCCAGUCAACCAGGGGGCUCGGCGACACACGGUUCGCCGACUGAUAUGGCAGCGGCGGACGUUCCUGCCACCGCGAUCCCUCGGCUCCUCCGCCAUCGUCACUACCUCCGACACCGGCGUACCUGUCAAACAACCGAACAGGUGUUACCGCGAGGUGCCCGGAGUGGGACACGCGAUUUCUUGUGAUAUCACACGCACGGCGCACGGCGACUCGGAGAGAUAAGUCCCAGUGCAGUCGAUCGAUCGAUGUGACACGCACAUUCCUCGCGCAUUCCUCGUUACUUAACUGGACGCCGAAGGUGUCUUCGUGGGUGUCAUUCCGUGAGGUGUCAGUGAAUGUCUGGGUGAGGGGUGGACCAAGAGAGAGAGAGAGAGAGAGAGAGAGAUUGCUCCAAGAAUAAAAGGAUUUCGACACUGGUGGAAUUUGUCACUCAUCGAGGAUGACGGAUCGUAAAGUCUUCUCGUCGCAACCGGUAUCCAAAUUCAGCAGCAUCCUUCUACUGCUGCUGAUUCUUUUGGCCGAGGUCACGUAUUCAGCCGAUCUCGCGAUCGAGAUACCAGGCAAUCUGAGUCAGGGUGGUUCCUGGUACCGUUUGGAUUACAGCCCACCCGUCGGCUCUCCACCGCCAAACACCACCAUAGCCGCCACCGACAUCGGUGAUGUCAUAAAGUUCAGAGAUGGCCUGCCUGGGACGAGAUACGAGUACUGGCUGUACUACAGCAACAGCACUCUUCACGAUUGGCUGACAUGGACCGCGUCAAUUACGACACCACCCGAUCCUCCAUCAAACUUGACGGUAUCGGUGCGAAAUGGGAAGACCGCGAUCGUAUAUUGGUCGCCUCCGGCUCAGGGGAAUUAUUCCGGUUUCCGGUUGCGGACGCAGAGCUUCAGCGAUACCGGAAAUCCCAAGACUACCGUCAUCCCCGUCGACUCGGUGCCCUACACACUACGUGAUCUCACGCCUGGUGCCACGUACUCGCUUCAACUCUUCACCGUGUUGGACGCCAAAGAGAGUGUCGCUUACACCAGCAGAAAUUUUACGACAAAACCGAACAUCCCGGGAAAGUUUAUCGUCUGGUUCAGAAACGAGACGACGCUGCUGGUGCUAUGGCAACCUCCUUAUCCGGCUGGCAUAUACACACACUACAAAAUUAGCAUAGACCCACCGGACGCGAUAGAAUCCAUUCUCUAUGUGGAGAAGGAAGGCGAGCCACCUGGUCCUGCACAGGCAGCUUUCAAAGGACUUAUUCCAGGCAGAGCAUAUAAUAUUUCCGUGCAAACAGUCUCCGAGGAUGAAACAUCUGCGCCCACCACAGCUCAGUACCGUACGGUACCGCUGCGUCCACUUAACGUGACUUUUGACAAAUCCUCUGUGACAUCGACUUCUUUUCGUAUGUUUUGGAACCCUCCCAACGGAACAUCCGAAUUCGACAAGUAUCAAAUAUCGCUCGGUAGUAACCGGAGGCUUGCGCCAGUCACGCGCAAUCGGGACGACGAGAACAGAUGGGAGUUCAAAGACUUAGAGCCUGGCAAAACAUAUCAAGUGGUAGUGAAAACGGUUUCUGGCAAAGUGACCAGUUGGCCGGCUAGUGGAGAUGUCACUCUGAAACCGCUACCUGUUCACGAUCUUAGGGCAGUAAUCGAUGAGAAAACUGGUAUGGUAGAAGUUUCCUGGAGUCCAGAGAAUUCCAGUAUGCAGGAUAGUUACAAGCUACAAUACCAUGAAGUGGAAACAACGAUUGGUGGUGACAGUAACACUUUGACGACUGAUAAAACAAAGGUCACACUGGAAGCUCUGCUACCAGGAAGAAAUUAUUCCAUAAUAGUUCAAGCGAUUAGCAAUAAAGUCGAGUCGAACGAAACCGUCCUGUAUCAAGCUACACGUCCUGCUAGUCCUGUAAUUGAGGAUCUGAAGCCUAUUGAGAAAGGUCUAAACAUUUCCUGGAAGAGCGACGUCAAUUCUAAACAAGAGAAAUUCGAAGUGACCCACAAUAGGAAUGACACUGGAGAAAGUGCGACCACUCUGACUACGGAAUCGCAUAUUGUCUUGGAAGACCUUUAUCCUGGUGCGGCAUACGAGGUCAAAGUUUUUGCCAUUAGCCAUGGACUUCGAAGCGAGCCGCACGAUUACUUACAAGCCGUCCUACCUCAUCCACCGAAGAAUCUCAGUAUUGAAAAAGUCACGAGCAAUACCGUCGUCGUGCAUUGGGAAGCGCCGACAGAUUCGAUAUUCACUGAAUACUCUAUCAGAUAUCGCACGGAAGACGAUCCCAGGUGGGUCAAACUCCCCAGCGUUCGUGACACGGAAGCAGAAGUAGCGGAUAUGACACCCGGCGAGAGGUAUACUAUACAAGUGAAUACCGUCAGUUACGGCGUCGAAAGCCUGUAUCCGUUACAAGUGAAUCACACAGUCAGGCCUAACCCAGUUCUAAAUAUCACCCCAAUUAUUGAUUCUACCAAUAUAACUCUGGAAUGGCCGCGACCUGAGGGUCGCAUUGAGACCUACGUUAUAAAAUGGUGGCCAGUGGAGAAUCCAGAGGACUUCAGAACGAAGAAUGUCAGCGAGACGAACGAUGUACCCGAUAUCAGUUUCGAAGAGAAUGCUGUGCAAACCGAGAAGAUCCUAGUGAGCGACCUAAUGCCGGGAGUACAGUAUUUCUUCGUCAUCUACACGAUUUCGUAUGAUCUAGUCAGCGACAUCAGUAAUUUAACUACAAGAACGAUGCCAUUGAUCCAGUCCGAGGUUGUCGUAGUGGUCGACCGAGACCAACCAGGAUCAUUGACGUUAAGAUAUACGCCAACACCGAUUCAAUCCUCGAGAUUCAAUCUUUACCGGUUCAGGAUUAGCGAUGAGAAUAAUACCACAAAGGAGCGUAUGGUGGAUGACGUUGAUACCAAAGUUUCAUUUGUUGGAUUAACCCCUGGUAAACUGUACAACGUAACUGUUUGGACAGUAAGCGAUAACGUGGAGAGCAGACCUCUCCUCCGGCAAGACAGACUCUAUCCUGAACCGAUCACUGCGAUCCAUGCGAUCGACGUAAAUGAUACAAGGAUCACUUUGACCUGGGACAUCCCGCAGGGAGAGUAUGAUACUUUUGAAGUACAAUAUAUAAAUACGGAAGGAAACUACAUCCAAAAUAUUACCUCGGUCAACGUGAUCACUAUAUUUGAUCUGAAGCCGCAUAGAAAUUAUACGUUCACAUUGGUUGUACGUUCGGGCACAGAAUCCUCUUACUUGAGAGUCUCGAAUCCGCUCAGUGCCAGUUUCACCACUAGCGAAUCGUAUCCAGGAAAAGUAGAGAAAUUUCAUCCUAUCGACAUUCAACCAAGUGACAUCAGUUUUGUAUGGUCUCUGCCCAGCCAGGAGCAAAAUGGCAUCAUUAGAAAAUUUAGCAUCACUUACGGUUUAGAAGGUUCGACCCAUACCCAGAUGCAGGACUUCAAGCCGACCGAGUUUCGUGGUGUUAUCAAGUCCCUCAUACCGGGCAAGACCUACAUUUUCCGAAUUCAAGCGGAAACAAAGAUCGGCUUUGGUCCUGAGACGAUCUGGAAGCAAAAAAUGCCGAUAUUGGCACCGCCAAAACCAUCUACGCAGGUGGUGCCCACGGAGGUCUGUAGAAGUAGCACUACUAUCCAAAUCAGAUUCAGGAAGAACUACUUCAGUGAGCAGAAUGGCGCGGUCACGUCGUACAGCAUUAUCGUUGCUGAAGAUGACAGCAAGAAUGCUUCUGGACUAGAGAUGCCCAGUUGGAGGGAUGUCCAGGCCUACAGCAUCUGGCCACCCUAUCAGGUAAUGGAACCAUAUUACCCCUUCAAAAAUGGAUCUGUCGAGGACUUUACAAUCGGUUCCGAGAAUUGCGACAACAAAAUUGGAUACUGUAACGGACCAUUGAAAUCAGGAUCUACUUACCGGGUGAAAGUGCGCGCGUUUACAGCACCAGAUAAAUUUACGGACACCAGUUACAGCUUCCCCAUUCAAACAGGAUUGCUGCUGGCAGAUAAGGACAACACGGCCAUUAUAGUCGGUGUCACCGUCGCCAUAGCGUUGCUGCUGUUCCUAUUGGGGAUCGGGCUGUUUAUGCGAAGGAGAAGAAGCCAGGGUCGCAAGACAACAGAAACCAGGGCAACCGAUAAUCUAUCAUUGCCGGACAGCGUCAUUGAAACUAGCCGACCCAUCAAAGUUGAAGAUUUUGCUGAGCACUAUCGUACAAUGUCGGCGGAUUCCGAUUUUCGAUUCUCGGAAGAGUUUGAAGAACUGAAGCACGUCGGAAGAGAUCAACCAUGUACCGCAGCGGAUUUGCCUUGUAACAGGCCAAAGAAUCGCUUCACGAAUAUUCUUCCAUACGACCAUAGUAGGUUCAAACUUCAACCUGUUGAUGAUGAAGAGGGUUCCGACUAUAUCAACGCCAAUUAUGUUCCGGGCCACAAUUCGCCACGGGAAUUUAUUGUAACUCAAGGACCGUUGCAUUCGACUCGCGACGACUUCUGGCGAAUGGUAUGGGAGAGCAAUAGCAGGGCAAUCGUAAUGCUAACGAGAUGCAUUGAGAAGGGCAGAGAAAAGUGCGAUCAUUACUGGCCGAUGGACACCUUGCCGGUCUACUAUGGAGAUAUUUGCGUCACGAUACUCAACGAGACGCACUAUCCGGAUUGGAGUAUUACGGAAUUUAUGUUGUGCAGAGGUGAUGUGAAGAGAGUGAUACAACACUUCCACUUCACUACCUGGCCGGAUUUCGGCGUUCCCAGUCCACCGCAAACUUUGGCGAGGUUCGUGCGAGCGUUUAGGGAACGGGUCAGACCCGAUCAGAGGCCCAUAGUCGUUCAUUGCAGUGCUGGCGUAGGUCGUAGUGGCACGUUCAUUACCUUAGACAGAAUACUGCAGCAAAUCCUCGUAUCGAAGUACGUUGAUAUCUUCGGGAUUGUUUGGGCGAUGAGGAAAGAGCGGGUCUGGAUGGUCCAAACGGAACAGCAGUAUAUCUGCAUCCAUCAGUGUCUCUUGGCUGUUCUGGAGGGGCAGGAUACCACUGGACCACCACGAGAGAUUCAUGACAAUCAGGGAUUCGAAGGCAAGAAUCGAAGUUCGGUCGAAAACACUAUGAGUCCUGCCGGGGAUGAAAAGGAGAGGUGACCUUCGAACAGCGAUUCCUGCAUCGAGGAUGAUGAAGGAAUAGCUGAGUCAGGAAUGUGAUGGUUCAACUGGCUAGAAGUAAUAAUUAAUGGCAACAGGAGCGAAUCUCAUUUUCCAAAGGUGCUUGAAUCUCCACAAAUCUUCAAGUUUCCUUGGAAAAGAAAAGUGUAAAAGUAAAGAGAUGACAGUCCAAAUCGGAUAAAGAUGGAAACAAACAGCGUAAGAGAAAUUUGGAAAUCAUUUAAAUUGCGUGCGAAGAGAUAAUCAAUGGAAGAAAUCUUCUGGAAGAAGCGUUUUACGUAAAAUUAUAAGUGAGCACGCAUUUUUAUUUCUCUGUCAGCUACAUAUCGAAGUUCAGCGUGUUCAAUCCGUGAUACGCGUAGAAUAGUUUCUCACGACUAAAAUAAUUAUAUCAAAAAAGGACUGUCUUAAAAGGCAAUAAUAAAGAGAGAAGGGGGGGGGGGGCGCAAAUAGAUGGUGUCAAACCGAAUAUGCUGCCAAGUGUGGGAUUACGAAUCAAAUGCAUGCGCGAUGUUUUAUACGCGUUGUGCAACUCGAUCGGAGAGAUUACGUCUUUAUUAAUAUAUGUAUACAACUCAUGUACACAUAUCUAUAUAUAAAUAACAAAAAGCUGAUAAGGUGCGCUAUGUUGAUAAAUGUAGGUCGUAUAUAUUGUAACGAGAUGCAUAUUCCACUGGUUGUGUCACGAUGGGGCCUCGGACCACAUCGCAUCCGCAAUGAGUCUAUCGAACGUCUUUGUUAAGUCGCAAUCUAUAAAACAGACAGCAGUAGAUCGAUUAGAUGAUACAAACGUUGCGAACUGGCGUCUUGGUUCCUCUCCCGAUACAAACAUUCUUCUGAGAUUACCACCAAUAACACUUUGUUCAUAUUUCGCGUUCUACUCGCACGGGACGUGUAAAGAAUUAUCCUACGUUAUCUUAUUAUUAUUUCAAGAAUUAAUGAAGCGCGGUCGGAUGAAACUUAAAAGCGAUCCGUAGAAAAAAGUAAGACGCAAAGCAUUCGACGACCACGCUAGUUGAGUUAUCGUUCGGAAUAGCGAACCAUCCGUCCAAAAUUCUUACGAGAGACACGUACUAAAUGAUGAUUUGUAUAAGUAAUAAUCUUAAUGUUAAAACGAAUUACCUAGAGAAAAAAAUCGGAAGGACGAGCGGGUGUGAGUGUGCGGAGCUUUUAAUCGAUCCUUCUUUCUCAGACGAGCGAUAUCAGUGGGAACAAGAAACUCGCAUUUUCGUAGAAGCCAUAUCAUUUUUUCGAAGGAGUCAGAGUACGUGUGUAUAUUUGCGUAUGCGUGUAGAUGUGUGUGCGCGUGAUAUGUAAGUAAUCAGUAAUUCAAUCGCGAUAAUCGAUUAAACACGGAAAAAAUUUUAUAAUAAAAAUUUUAUCACAAUGGUAAAUAGUAAGCGCGGAUCAAGGGAGGAAUUAUGAGAACUUAUGACCAUGUUUUUCAUCAAAUUACCAUAGUAUUUACAAUACUUAUGGUAUAAUUCUCUGAAAUUUCUUUUUAUAGUCCUAUACUGUCUCCUUAUGGUCGUACAAAAUAACUUUUACUAUAAAAUGUUCUCCGUGAAAUUGUAUACAUAUUAUCAUCUCUUAUAAUCGCGAAUCAGUGAUCGCCGUUAAAAAGCAAUAGAACUUCAUAAAUAUAAGUAACCGUCACAUUUCGCGAUAAUCCCCAGUUCCAGAUAGUUUCAAAUAGAUAGAUCUUAAUUUUGCAGUUUAUAGUUGACCCUCAGCCGUUCGCAGGACAUAUAGAAAAAUCGAAUAAUCAUUUCCAGUAUUUAAUGUCGCUUUUGCGAUGAUAUACAAAAUACAUGUACUUAAUUUUGUAUUGUUCUCGAUAAGAGCGUGGCGAAACGUAAUUGAUUGCACGAUGUAAGUAAACUUAGUUUUCGUAAUCAGGGUUAGUUUUCCUCCGUCAGACUUUUCAAAAAAGUGUAAUUUAAAAGAAAAAUGAGAGGAAGAAUUUCGUAUUCAUCGAUGUAUUUUUGGACGAGCAUUUUUACACACAAUUUUACCGGUCACGAUGUGAAGCGCGGUUCUAUAAAUGAUUGCAGGGGCUGUUAAAAAUUACACUUUACCGUAAGCCCAGGCUUUAUAUUAAUCCGCUGUUCGCUUAUGGACACCAAUGACACGUAACUAACAAUAAAUUAGAGUAGUUAAUAUGAGACAGUUAUGUACUUCAAAUAAUUUCUUUUUAAAAAUGCAAUACUUUUAAUAUUUUUAAAUUGCUUAAGGCGGAUUAAUAAAAAUUCUGUAUGAUUCAUGAAAAUUACCUUAUGAUAAUCUUAUAUAAUUGUACAUGUGCACGUUGAUCGUAAUUGUGCUGUUGAUAUACUAAUGCAGAGUGCUAUCGAUGUCAGUUUAUUCGCGAAAAAUGCGGAGGAUAUAUUGGAGAAAAACAACACAAAAAAGUGAUUAAACUCUCUAGCAAUUCCGCUAACUUCAAUCCCUGUUGCUUGAGCUGUUGCUUACAUCUGAAAAAUUUAAGAAAAAAGUGCACGCAUUGAAGUGCUAUUGAAACAAUUUGACGGUCAAUGAUCCUUAAUACUCAAAUAAGAGUUUUUCUAGAAAAACAUUUUUUUUUAAUAUUUUUGUGCGAUAUGGAUAUUAUUAAUACCUGUAUUGCAGCUUUUCAUUUUUAUAUAUUUACUCUAAGAUCUGACCAACUGGACAGAAGGUUGUAUUUUAUUUAACCGUAACAUAAUAUUGACGUUAUUGAAUAUGUAAAGUAUCGUGAAUGAUUUCACAACUUGUACAUUACCUCGACGCUACAACAUAGCGUAUAAUUGCAAUUCCUAGUUAAAUAUAUCAUUAUUUAUAAUUAGAUUAUAUUAAUAAUUGAGCUCAAAUAUUUUUUAUUUUGUUAUCGUUAUUAACUAUCUCUUUUAAAUUAUAGAUUAUGAUUUGAAGACUAUUAUAUCAUAACUCCAAACUAGAAAUUAUGAUUAUAUAACUAUUAACUAACGCGCAAAAAGAUUCUUUGUAAAAAUUAUAUUUAGACUAAAAAAUUAUGAUAUGCAAUAACGUCACCAAUAUUAAAGAUUAUUUUCCGUUUUAUUAACUGAUCUAAAUAAAAUUUUUUAAAAUAAUGUACUCGCACAUUAGUUGCAUAAUAUAAGGAUGCAAUUAUCUUUUUUUAAUGCAGAUAAAUUGUUAACUAUGAAUAAAAAAUAACAUAUCUCACAAUUAAAUGCGCAGACAUCUGCAUGUGAGUAACGUGCAAAAAAUUUAAUACUUUUGUGCAAUCGCUGUUCUUUCAUAGAGUUAAGUUAAAGUAUCAUAAGAUUUGUUAGAUUUUAAUUUAGAGGCAAAGUUGAGGACGAGAAUAACACGCAUUGAAUUUUAAUCUAUCAGAUUUACAAAUAGCUUAGAGCUUGAACUAUUUUGCAUUAUUUUACUCUGUGAUAAAUCAUGAUCGUUGAUCAGGAACGAAGAACAAAAAGUCCGUCAGGCACAGAUGCGGUAGGUCUUCCCGAACGAAUUAAUAGUGAGGUCGUUUUUACCACCUGCGUUAGUAAGACGUGCCAAUCGUUGCUGUUGAAUCAUUAACAUCGAAAUCCAAAACUUGCGGGACGAGAUGUUAAUGUACCGCGUGCCGAAGCGUACGUCUGCAGGGCGACAUUGUAUAUAUAAUUUUAUAUAUUAAGAUCGCACUUUUUUUAUGUCCACAAAAUUGUCGUCCUCAGAAGUGACUCUCCGUGAAAGAUGGCAAAAGUGUCGUACGAAGGGGAAAAUUUCUUAUUCUGGAUCGAUCACAAGAUACUUUUUGACUGAGAUAUCUGACGGCAAAGUUACGUGAUACUGCGUCGUCGUGACGAGUCGACACAAAGCGAUCCGAAGCGAGCACUCAAAGCGAGUGAGCAAGAAACGACAGGAAAUCCCUCCUUCCGAAGUUUCGCCACGAUUUUUCACGGGGAAUCGACAAGUUUACACAAGUGCAUACUCCGCGUAGGUUUAUAAUCUCUUUUGUAAAUACAUUUUAUACCGGCUGCGAAAACGAUCCGUUACGCGCGAGGGCGGUUUCACGAAUAAAGACUCUCUCAUACCACCCGCGCAACCACGACACGGUGUUCGCAUACUCAUACAGUUAUUUCUGUCACGUAACAUCGUAAUACAUAUUAAUAUGUAUCUGAGAAUUUGUACAACGUGUGCGAAGCACGAAGGGACACAGGUUGUCCCGCAAUAUCGCAUUAUACAAGCAUACGGAAAAGAAGGGACACGCUUGCAUAAUAAACGUGGGCUCUUCCAGUAA